GCGGAGCGCCGUCGGUUCAGCCUCAGUCCCCCGCGAGCGAUAGUCCCAGAAGGACGGGCCGCCACUGUCAACGAGACACUCUGCGACGAGUGACGCGUCGCCUGACGCGCGAGUGACAUUUCCAAAGUGACAUUUCGGGAGGGACUCGACCCCCCGCGUAUGGAGAGCAGCGACUGUCUUUUUCGAGUGACCUAGUGACACGUGCGGUGUGUGCAUCGUGACGCGGAUGGAGUCGCAGGAGAGGCGGGAGUGACAGUGAAGUGACAGUGAAGUGACAGUCGAGUGACAUUGGAGUGACGCUGGAGUAACAGUCACUCCCACAUGUAGGCGCGCCGAGUGCGGAUUGCCAGUCAAGUCGUUGAGGCAGGAUGGCUGCCGCGCUCCAAUUCCAGGCCUGGCUGGGCGUGCAAGCCUGGUUGUGGCUGUGCCUGCUCGUGGCCCUGGGGCCGCGCCUGGCCCACGGCUGCAUGUGCGCCUUCACGCACCCCCAGGAGCAGUACUGCCGCGCCGAUUUCGCGGUGCUGGCCAAGAUCAUCCAGGUCAAGGACGAGGGUGACUACUUCAGGCGGUACGAGGUGGCCGUCAAGCGGACCUUCAAGGGUGGCCUCGAGGCGCGCAUGCUCAUCAAGGAGGCCGGCGUGGUGGCGUCCUCGGUGGACAGCAUGUGCGGCGUGACCCUGGACGAGGGCGAGAGCUACCUGCUGAUGGGCCGCGUGUACGACGGCCAGCCCAGGGUGUCGCUGUGCGACUUCCCCACCCCCUGGCGGAAGGUGACGGUACGCCAGCGGAAGGGGCUGCGCCAGCAGUACGAGGCCAGCUGCAGUUGCAAGCCCCGGGACUGCCCGUGGUGGGGCGGCUCGCACCGCGCGGAGAGCUGCUUGAUUGCCCACUCCGUGUGCACCUCGCACCGCAGCGCGCUCCACAAGGACCUCAAGGGCCACAAGCAGCAGCGCUGCAACUGGCUGCGCGGCCGCGUGCUGGACGACUGCCUGCGGGGGGCAGGCAUCGCCAACGUGGAGGCCGAGCACUCCUGGUGGCUGCACAAGCAGCACAAGCCCCUCGACAAGCACAAGCACCCCGAGAAGCAGGACGGCGGUCCCGGGCACACCAAGCAGGAGAACCUGCCCGAGCUGGAGGAGUUCCCUGUCGACCAGGGCGCCGCCGCGCCCGGGCCCGACCCUUGAGGCCUCCCGCCGCACUGGCCGGGUGGCCACCCUAUAACCGCCGAGGUGGAAGGUGGCCACCCUACUUCCCUUCCCCAAGAGGAGGCGGGUUCACCCGGCGGUGGUUUGCCGAUGGCUCGGGGAGUAGCCCGGCUAGCCGGGGCCGAUAAAAUAACCAUUAAAGAUAAAAGCAGCGCCCUCCAAACGACGCGCCCCGCCUUGUCCAGGAAGGCGUCAUCCUCAUCGAGAAGGCGCGUCGAAUACCGAAAGUCUAACCACUUCCCAGGAAGCUUCCGCGCGACUCCCACACUGCAAAGACUUUGCCCAGGAGCGCGUGCCACCGGACACAGCCCGCGUCCGUUUUAUUUUUGUACAAACUUUUACGUGUAGAGAGAACUAAAACGUGUAAAUACCACCAACUCGCCAAUAAACCCAUUCUCCGCUGUCA